AUGGCCCAAGCUUUUUCCAACGUAGCAAAUGUGCAAGCUUCCCCUACUGCUACGAACCCUCCGAUUCCUACUAAGCCUACUACGACCCAGAAAGACGAAGUGUCUGGACAAAAAUUACGUGGCCCAGUUCCAAAUGCCGCUGGGUCGCUUCCUUUCCCCCUUCCCCCCCUAAGCCUUCCCACUGGCCUUGGCUUUCCAAAUUUCACUGGCGCGCCUACCAGUCCUUCCGUUCCUAAACCGGUUGCAACUGGCUCAUCAGGCCCCGAGUCAUUCUUGGUGGCCGCCAUCAACGCCGGUACGACCAUUUCGGGUGACCUAUCCAAGCUCAUCCAGGACAUGUCUUCCACAUCCUUCCCGGCCGUCGCCCCCUUGAUCGUGGAAGACAUCCGUAAAAUUGUGGCAAACUUUGGAGAUGCUAUCUCCCACAUGGCGAAUGCUCAACCUUUUGGUGAUCUUGAUGCCAAAGGAGUGGUCUAUGCCCUCACCGGAUUCGUUCAGAUGAGCCAGAAUGUCUCUGAUGCGCUCAUAGGACAAAAAGGUUUCUUCGCCCAAUACUCCUUCCUUGCCCCGAUCCGUGUUGGCUUGCUCGCGAUCAAGAACGUGGCCGAUCGAUUUGCCAUGCUCCUCAUUGGACUAAUCCCUACUGGCGGACCAUCAAUUGGUCUAUUACGCACUGGAUUCGAAGACACUCUUCAAAGAACCAUCUCUGCCCUCUCUGAACCACCAAAAGAUUCGAAGAGCUCUUAA